GUGCUGGACCGUGUUUCCGGGGGAAGCACUCAGCCGGCACCGAGCAAGAUGGCAGCACAGCAGCAGGAAUCGGUUCGGCAGUUCGUGCUGGUCACUGGCUCGGAGGAGGAGCGGGCCCGCUUCUUCCUGGAGUCCGCGGGCUGGGACCUGCAGUUGGCUCUGGCCAGUUUCUAUGAGGAUGGGGGUGACGAUGACAUCGUGACAUUACCGCAGCCUCCCUCGGGAUCCACGUCUCGUGGCUCUGGACCCAGUGAUCACAGGGUGACAUCGUUCAGGGACUUAGUCCACGCGCAAGAAGAAGAGGAGGAGGAAGAUGAAGGCCAGAGGUUUUACGCAGGGGGUUCAGAGAGAAGCGGCCAGCAGAUUGUGGGACCCCCCAAAAAGAAAAACCCCAAUGAGCUUGUUGAGGAUCUGUUUAAGGGGGCCAAGGAGCAUGGAGCGGUAGCUGUGGACCGAACCUCAAGAAGUCCAGGAGAGAGCAGCAAGUCAUCGCCAUUUGCAGGCGGUGGGUACCGCUUGGGAGCUGCGCAGGAGGAAGAGUCCGCGUACGUGUCUGGAAAACGCAAGCAGCAAUCAGGUCAAGAUGUCCAUGUAGUGUUGAAGUUAUGGAAGAACGGGUUUAGUCUGGAUGAGAAUGAACUACGCAGCUACCAGGACCCGGGAAAUGCACAGUUCCUGGAGGCGAUCCGCAGAGGGGAGAUCCCUGCGGAGCUGCGCAGGUUGGCCCAAGGUGGCCAGGUUAAUCUUGACAUGGAAGAUCAUCGUGAUGAGGACUUUGUGAAACCCAAAAGUGCCUUCAAGGCGUUUACAGGAGAGGGUCAAAAACUCGGCAGCACUGCCCCACAGGUGCUCACCUCCUCAGCGUCCCAGCAGGCUGAACAAGAGGCCAAAGCCAGUUCCUCCGUAAUCCUCGAUGAGUCGGAGCCCAUCACCAACAUCCAGAUUCGGCUGGCAGAUGGAGGACGCCUGGUCCAGAGGUUUAAUCACAGCCACAGGAUCCGCGAUGUCCGUCUGUUUAUUGUGGACGCCAGGCCAGCUAUGGCCGCCACGGGGUUUGUCCUGAUGACCACCUUCCCCAACAAGGAGCUGACUGAUGAGAACAUGACCCUUAAGGAAGCCAACCUUCUAAAUGCUGUCAUUGUGCAGCGGUUCAAAUGAUGUCGUCGGCUUCCGCCGCUGUUCCCCGCAGCUCUCUCCCCCUCCGCUGGUGCCGCAGCGUCCGUCUGUCUGGUAAUCCUGGGUUCCUGCUGCUUUGGGUGGACUUCUGAUCUCUCUAGACGUACAUUUUGCAGGAUUUGUAAUAAGAUUUGGACUUAAACGUAAAAUAAAUAGGAGAAAGCGUUA